UUCCUCCCCUCUCUCUGUCCCCGACUCCAGCGUUAUACCCUUUAAUUCUAAUACUCAGUCUUAUCGCAUCCCCCCAAUCCGUCAAAAUGGCCGACUUCCAGGCCGUCGCUAAGCAGUUCGUUGAGUUCUACUACAACACCUUCGAUAACCAGCGCCAGAACUUGGCUGGUCUCUACCGUGAUAAUUCUAUGCUCACUUUCGAGAAUGACUCCAUUCUGGGCGCUCCUAGAAUCAUUGAGAAGUUGACUACUCUUGCCUUCCAGAAGGUCUCUCACCAGGUCAGCACCCUUGACUCCCAGCCUUCAAAUGAGAAUGGCGGUAUCCUUGUCAUGGUGACUGGUGUUCUACUUGUCGAUGAGGAGCAAACCCCCAUGAAAUUCUCCCAGACUUUCCAGCUUUCGCCUGACGGAGCUGGAAGCUACUACGUUUUCAACGACAUCUUCCGUCUGGUUUUCGGUUAAGUGCGGAAUCUCGGAGGCCGAUGUUGUAGGUUAGGUUCUGGGCGGGGAUCCAGCUUAUGAAUAUUAUGAUUAUGAGGGGAU